CCACUUUUGUAUUGGUCAGUGAAGAACUAGAAAUAAGAGGACAACGGUAAUUGCUGUAGCCGUGGGGGCGGGAGUAGCAGAACAUGCCUCACGUGGAUUGGACCGGGAGGUUUUGACAUCAUCCGAGAGGCGUGGCCAUGUCUAAUAAAGCCGAGAGCCGUCGCUGCGCCUGCAGUCAGUUCCACCGCAGUUUGAAGUCCGGGUGGUUCGUGUGAGGCGGAGCUCGACAGUUCCGUCUGCUUCAGCCGCAGCGUCUCCCUGCUCGUCUCGUCGCAUUCUCCAGAGAGGGGACGGACCUUCACUUCCUCUUUCAGAAAAAUGUCUGCUCCAGCUCAGCCACCUGCUGAAGGGACAGAAGGGGCAGCCCCAGGUGGGGGUCCUCCUGGUCCUCCUCCCAAUAUGACCAGUAACAGACGAUUACAGCAAACGCAGGCCCAAGUAGAGGAGGUGGUGGACAUUAUGCGUGUGAAUGUGGACAAGGUCCUGGAGAGGGACCAGAAGUUGUCAGAGCUGGAUGACCGAGCGGAUGCCUUGCAGGCUGGAGCAUCACAGUUUGAGAGCAGUGCUGCCAAGCUAAAAAGGAAGUAUUGGUGGAAAAACUGCAAGAUGAUGAUCAUGCUGGGAGCUAUCUGUGCCAUCAUCGUGGUAGUAAUUGUAAUCUACUUUUUUACUUGAGAAUGUGCCAUCCCUUCCCUGUUCUCCAUUGCCAUCCAAGCUCAUGUCUCUUCCCCUCUGUUUGCUCUCUCAACAAACUCCUUCAUCCUCCAUUCUCCAUCCUGGCCCAGGCUUCACCAUGAUCCUUCCUUUUUUGUUACAUUCAUUUGCACUCUUCCUCAAAACUAGAAAUGCUGCUCGUGGCACAGUCCUGAAGUCACUACCCGGAGAGAACAGCUGGCACCUCCUCCUUCCCCGUUUAUUGUGUGCCUGGAGCUUAAAAGAGUUGUGGCCAAGGGAAGGAGGGGGUCGAGGAUGGCAGAGGUGAAGUGUCAGAGAAGUUAGCAUGGCUGAGGGGAGGAGAAAGGUAUUUGUGUCCAUGAUGUCUCUGAGAAUGGCUGGCCUUUGGCAGGAGGGGAGCAAGAAUAGUUGGGAAGUAGUAGCUUUCUGCCAGUGUUUGUGUCUGUGUCUGUGUCUGUGUAUAUAUUAGUUGGGACUACUGCUUGCUGUCUCAUUUGGAACUUUCCUCCCAUACCAGGCCUGUCUUGGGUCCCAGAGGUCUGUUUAAAGACCAACUUUGAAUCCCUUUUAGAAAAAGUCAAACUUGUAUUUUGUAGCUACUGUUUAUCUGUCAGUACAAGAUUUUCUGUGUCUUUGGGGAACUUUGCAGCCUUUCACUUUGUUCUCUGUAAGCCUAGGAAAGACGUACUUUCUGGUUUUAAAAACACUAGGACACUCUUACUUUCUCCUAGAAGCCAUCCCACGUGCUUCUCUUCAUGUCCUCUGAAGCAUUUGAUGUUGUUCAUGAAGUAAUUUGAGGGAAUCAGGGGCUUAGAAAAUAACAAGCUUUCAGGAACAUGCUUCUUGCCAUCUCACUAAUGAAAGGCCUGUCCCUGUUGUUGAUUAUGAGAAAUGAGAAUUCUAUGGUAAGACUCCCAGGCUCCCACAGAACUCUUUCCUCCACACCACCCUGUGUGUAACACAGGGAUGAGGCAGGAGGGCCUUUCCAGAGCUAGAGAAGUCCACAGACCCCACAGCUCAGUUUUGGGUAGGAGGGUCCAGGCUGUGUCGGUGUACCGUGAGCUGUUGUGUGGCAUGGGCCUCGCAUCCGCAGCUGCCUGCCACUCUUCCGUUAGUUCUCUCUGCAGCCGCUGUGCCCAUCCAUCCUGCAUUGCCUCCUGUCUUUCACUCCCUUUGCAUGCUCUGUGUGUUUGUUGGAACCCAGGAUAGGAGCUGCUCAGUCUGUCUCGGGAGCUUCUGCUGAGCUGAGCUUCCUGAUAGGAUGCUGCAUGGGAGGAGGGCAUGGUGGUAAGAGGAGGGGAAUGCUCUCAGACCUUUAUUCCUUCUGUCCUCUGGUCCACAAGCAGUGAGAGAGGGAGCCGUGCUAGGCUGGGUGCCCACUUCCCACGCAGCAGCAUUUCAUUUUGCAGAGCCAUCCUUCUUUCCCGUAUGCCCAUUUCCCAUGUUCCCUUCGUGCUGCCUCGGGGCAGGACUGAAGAGCUGGAAGGAAGCAGUCAGUGUACCCUCCCAACGUCCCCCGAAGGUCUCCACUAUCCUCUGGGCUUCCCUUUGCCUAGUGCAGGGGGGGGUCACCGCUGGAGAAGAACCAACACUGUCCUCGGUGUGUCCCAAGCCUGGAGCGUAUUUACCCUGUUGGCCCACCCAGCCCCAGCACGGGAAUCAUUUCCUGGGUUUCUGUCCCUCUAAGGCUUAGGUGUAGUUGGCUUCGUUCUUCUGGGGGUGUAUUUCUACUUUCUGUCUCACGUCACCCUGAACCCCCCUCUGUGUGUCUGCAGUCUUUCCCUCCCACCACCCAUGUGCAUGAGCAAAUAUGCCACUAACCCUGGGACUCUGCACUCAACUGAAGCCAAGCUUCCCACAUCCCCUCUUUGUUUGCCAUGAGAUGAUGUGGGUUUCCAUCGUGUCUGUCAUUACCUCUGUCUCUUUCCUAACCCAGUCUCACAGUUUAUGUAUAGUAGUAAGAGUUGUACUUCCACAAAGGCAUGUGACAUAUUUACCAAUCUCAUGUACUCUCCACAAAGGCGAAAAAUACAAAUUCCUACCACAA